GAAAAGAAGGAGAGGAAGCUGACUGGCUCGUGACAGGAAGCAAGAAGGCGGAGAGCGGGGGACGCUGCUGGUGGAAUCCGGCUUUCCAUCCCGUCGUUGCUGGCGAUCUCUGACAUGAAGGCAUCGAUCUGGGUCUGAAAACAUCGGUCUGGUUUCGUUCUAGUCUGCCUUUUGUCUACAUUCACGCAUAGAAAAGAACUGAACUCCGAGCUGCAAUUAUGUCGGCUUACUCAAAAAGCUACAAUCCUUUUGACGAAGAUGAGGACGAGGACUUAAAGCCAGUCAAGUGGAAUGAAAGUAAUGAGCCCCCUAGGGAAGGGGCGGAGAGACAGAGGUACCUGCAGCAAGAAGUCCUGAGGCGGUCCCAGGCCACUGUGGACAGCAGCAACCGCGCCCUGUCCCUCGUUUAUGAGUCUGAGCAUAUUGGCGUAGCUGCAUCAGAGGAGCUCACACGGCAAGGCGAGGUACUGAAGCGCAGCGAACGAAUGGUGGAUAAGAUGGAUCAAGAUCUGAAAACAAGUCAGAGACACAUCAACAGCAUUAAGAGUGUGUUUGGUGGCUUUGUGAAUUACUUCAAAGCCAAGCCACAGGAGAUCAAGAUUGAGCAGAACGGGGCUGCCGAAUACCAAGCGAGCAACAAAUUGAAAGAAGCCAUAUCCAUUAGCAAAGAACAGGAGUCAAAGUACCAGGAGAGUCAUCCAAACCUACGAAAGUUGGAUAAUUCAGAGCAUAGUUCCACUGGAACCAGUUCAGAGUCUUCGUUCCCACCUGAUAGUUACCCAAGGAAUCAACACCUCCGAGCUUACCAUCAGAAAGUCGAUAACAACUUAGAUGAAAUGUCCUCUGGGCUGGGCCGCCUGAAAAACCUCGCUCUUGGCCUACAGUCUGAAAUUGACGAGCAGGAUGAAAUUCUGGAUCGCCUCACCACAAAGGUGGGGACUCUGGACAUCAAUAUUAAAAGCACGGACAAAAAGAUCAAGGAGCUUUAAGGGAGAUCCAAGUCUCUCGCCUACACACAAGAACUUGAUUCCUUUUAUACAGCUGGAGAUCAUCUUGCUAUCUGGGAAACAACCAGCAUACGAAAAAUGGGUUUAUGUGACUGAUUUGCCUUGUGAUUAAAGACGAAUAACCUGAAGUGCAA